AAACAUUUAUUGAUUCAGCAGAAAUGAUGAAAAAAGAAAUUAGCAAAACCGUAUACAGGUGGAUAUCAUCUAGUGAGUUUAUAUGGCCAUAUUUUAGUAUUCUUGUGGUAUAUGGCUACACAGGAUACUUUGCUAAGCAUAGGAACUACAUUUAAAGUGUCCCCAACAACCGUAAUGAGUAUAACUAAUAAGGUGCUCCACUUUAUGGUAAAACUGAAGUCAGCCUGAAUCAUUUUUCUCAAAAAUGAAGCUGAAGUACAAUAACAUUAUCCAAUACCCGGCAAAAUUCUAACUUGUUACAUUUCAAAUAAUAACCAGAAAUAUAAAACUACUCUUGAGUUGGGUAAAUACCACAAUUUUGCGGUGAUAACUAUGACAUAUAACAGCUGAUUCGUGACGUCACGGAUCUUAUAACCAAACUGAUAACUCGCUUGAACGGUAUGGUAAAUACCAACCUAAAAUGGUAAAUACCAUUUCCAUUUGGUUAUCCGCUUGAAUUUGAUUAGUGUUGUUUCGUGCUUGUCACCGGUCACCGGCCUAUGUCAAGAAAAACAACAAAUGUUUAGGUUAUCUAACUAAAUAUAAUCGUAAAAAUAAGGACAACUUUGUUUAUAAAACUUGAAUGAUGUAAGGGUCACGUUCCCAGUUCAUCAUAUCAGAAUUUAUGUGUAUUUAUAAGAUAUUUGCCGCCUAGUUUUAAAAUACACCAACAAAAAGGAACUCAUUUAUCAGAGUAUUAAAAGUGUUUUUUUGGAAUAACAAGAACAAACAAUUCAUCAGUAGAUCCACAAUUUCAUGACAUUGAUUCAAUCAUUUCUGUUGUGAGCAAUAGUUAAACCAAGAAUAAACCAGGGGAAGAUAAGCAUAUUUAGUAGUGUUUGUAUUUUAGCAAUAAGCACGUAAAUGACAUGGAAAUCUGGUCACCAUGUGAAGAUAUUACUGAAACCUGCAAAAGCAAAAAUUAUGGCAUACUUAUAUUGAACGUUCCUAUUGCAUUUGAUUGUAACCAUAACUUUGUAAUGAGUUUAUGGGAUCAAGCAAAAGUGCGGAUGACUGUGGAUGGUGGUACUCAAAGAUGGAUGGAUUGGUUGAAAGUGAACAAAUAUGAUCUAAAUAAGGUUCAGAUGCCAGAAUUGAUAUCUGGAGAUAUGGAUUCCACACCAGCAAUGACAUUGGAGUAUUUCAAAAAUACCACUACACAAGUAAUUUAUACACCAGACCAAAAUGAAACGGAUUUUGUCAAGGCUCUUAGAGAAUUAGACAAAUACUGUAAGGUGAACAAUAUACAGAUAGAUACAAUAUACGCACUAGCCGACACAUCAGGCCGCCUAGAUCAAAUUCUAGCAAACAUCAACACUCUAUACAAAUGUAAACAGAUUAUUAGCAAUACAAAACUGUAUCUGCUGGCCAAAAGUUCCUUAACGUGGCUCUUGGAUGCAGGGAAACAUUCAUUAAGUAUUCCACAGACGUUGAGAGAUAGCCAGCAAUGGUGCUCACUUUUGCCAAUUGGUGAGCCAUGCCAAGUCAGUACCACUGGCCUGAAAUGGAACUUAGAUAAGAAAACGUUGAAAUUCGGCAGUCUAGUCAGCACAUCAAAUACUUAUGAUGGAUCAGAAGUAGUCACAGUAGAGACUGAUCAUCCAGUUGUUUGGUCGAUGAGUAUAAAAACUUUGUUAUGACAACAUUUCAACUAUCAUAGGUAGCUCAACAUUUUUAUAUUUUGCUCAUUGCUAUUGUUAUAAUUAUUUUUGUAUUACCCAAGUUUUUAUUUUAAAACGUCACUUGAAUAUAUAUAUCCCCAAGUUAACGAAGUUUAUGGUUCCUACAAUAUUGUCGGAUGCCUUUAUGGCCUUCUUGAUUUUCAUAGUAUUUUCUCUCCUUCAGAAAGGCUGACGUAUUUCUAGAUUUAUACCGUUCCAUGUCAGCGUCAGCGCUCUCCUAUUGUGAAGGUAAGUUUUCUUUUUGAAUUGUGGGAAAUUUCAGGCUGAUAAAACAGAUAAUAUAAAUUAGAAGCAUGGACAUUUUGAUGCAAAUAGAUAUUUGUUACAUAACCUCAAAAUGGAGCGCUGAACUAUGAAAAUCAAGGAGGCCAGAAAGCCGUCCUACAAUUGUAGGAACGACUGACGAUACGGCCCUUAAAAAUGCCCCAUACGGAAGUUGUUGAAGAGACAAUCAGGACGCAAUAUUUCUAAUGACUUUGAGCUUCCAAUGGUUUUUAUAACCUUCAUUUUCAUUUCAAAAAAUCAGAAUGAAUUAAUAUUUGAAUUCAAUACUACAAGAGAUUGGAAACUGUUAAAAUAAUCAAAUCAAUGAUCAUCCUCCAUAGUUGUUAUGUUGUACUUGUUCGUGCAAUAUUAUUUUUCUUAAAAAUAGGGAUAUCAUUGGCAAAUGGGAUAACCUUUGAAAUGCAUACAUGUAAAAUUGAAAUGGGGUUAAUAUUAGGCAUAGAAAUUUACAGCCUUCUGAGGAACAUCUUUCUAUCCAGCUAACUUUGGGCUAUAUCAUGAUUGGGUUUUGUACAUAAUACUGAAGAUGGGGUUAUAUUAUAGUCUGAAUAUCAUUAUCAGUACUUAAUCUAAACAUCUUGCUGUGCAGUAGUGAAUUUUUAUAUGAACAGUUUGAGCAAAAGUAGCCUUGCUUUUGAUUGUACAUUCCAAAAAAUGUUAUGAAAAUUUUUUAUUUACUCCCUAACAUUAGAGUGGCAAAAGAAUUUGUGCCUCCAUACGUCAUUAAUUAUUCGAUUCAAUCAGUACGGUUGCCCUUUGAAAUUACUAACUUUCCCUCCAAUUAACCUCUGAGGCCAUUGUCUAGGUCACUUUUGAGGUCAUCGGCAAAUUGCUUUUCAGGUAUUCUAAAAUUUUUCUUUGUACCGUCAUUCAAAAAAGAAUGCGUGGUUGCCAAGUUGUUGGGGGUGUUCGUGAACUUAUUAAACAGUACGUCAUACUGAUUGAGCCACUUAUGACCGCUUGACCUCGUGUAUGAAAAUGCAGUUGAUGUAGAAUCUCGAUUUAUACACGAAUCUGCUGUUACUAAGGUCAGUGCCUAGGUGAUAUUUGGGGUAAUCGAUAAAUUGCUUUUUUGAUACCCUGAAACUUUUCUUGGAACUUUUUUCCAAAUAUAAAUUGGGUUUGAGUAUUCAAUUUUGAUUUGAGUUCCGACUGCCACACACUCUUUGAAAAACUCAAAUUAUUUAUUGGAAAACACAAAUCUGUGAUUUAGGUAUAUUUUAUGAUUUGAUUAUAAUUAUUACUUAUUAUACAUACAGGGUUUCCCAGAAAUAACACGCCAGAGUGGUAGAUUGGCUUCAGAUCGAUCAGAUAAAAUUAACAUGACCUGAGUAAAAGUUUUCUAGUUUUACAAGUUUGAUUGAUCUGAAGCCAUUCCCCUCUCCUCCCGUGUCACCCUGGCGUGUUAUUUCUGUAUAUUGGUUUCACAGAUAAAGGCGUAUGACAUAAUUUACUUGUGUACUAUUUGUGCCACGAACAUUUUUUAGCAUACAGUCUGUGAUGAUGUGAUUGGAUAGUGCAUGUGCAGCUAGUGUCAGAUUCACAAAGUGAAGGUCUCGGUGGCCGAUUUGAGUUCAUUAUGCCACCGUCAGUGUAUUUCAAAUUAUAGGCAGUCAAAUAUGACGGUAGAAUACUUAAGUAGUACAAAGGCACGUGCAAAUAUGUGUCCACCAGAGACUGAAACAUAAGAUCUGCUUUGCACAUACCUGGUGUAUUUUAUCUGUGAAAUUUUAAGUUUUUGCACAGCAUAUGUGAGAUAAAGUCCAACCUUAUGAGAGUAUCUACAUUUGUUACAAAUAAAUUGUUUGUUUUAUAAACGAUGCUUUAUUUCUCAAGCAAUUAUUCUUC